GCCAGCCCAUGGCGGCGGCGGCGGCGAUGGCGGAGCAGGAGGGCGCCCGCAACGGCGCUCGCAACCGUGGCGGCGUCCAACGCGUGGAGGGCAAGCUGCGUGCCAGCGUCGAGAAGGGAGACUACUACGAAGCGCACCAGAUGUACCGGACCCUCUUCUUCAGAUACAUGUCUCAAAGCAAGCAUGCUGAGGCCCGCGAGCUUAUGUACUCGGGAGCACUGCUAUUCUUCAGUCACGGCCAGCAGAACAGUGCUGCUGACCUGUCUAUGCUGGUCCUGGAGUCCCUGGAGAAGGCGGAAGUGGAUGUAGCUGAUGAGCUGCUAGAAAAUCUGGCCAAAGUAUUUAGUUUGAUGGAUCCAAACUCUCCAGAAAGAGUGGCUUUUGUGUCCAGAGCUCUGAAGUGGUCCAGUGGAGGGUCUGGGAAACUGGGCCAUCCCCGGCUCCACCAGCUGCUGGCCCUCACGCUGUGGAAAGAACAAAACUACUGUGAGUCUCGGUAUCACUUCCUGCACUCCACCGAUGGUGAGGGCUGUGCCAACAUGCUGGUGGAGUACUCCACUGCCCGGGGCUUCCGCAGCGAGGUGGACAUGUUCGUGGCCCAGGCGGUGCUACAGUUUCUCUGCUUGAAAAACAAGAAUAGUGCGCUCGUGGUCUUCACAACAUACACACAGAAGCAUCCGUCCAUCGAGGAUGGGCCGCCCUUUGUUCAGCCCCUGCUCAAUUUCAUCUGGUUUCUCCUCCUGGCCGUGGAUGGUGGCAAGCUGGCAGUGUUCACAGUGCUGUGUGAGCAGUACCAGCCGUCCUUGCGGAGGGACCCCAUGUACAACGAGUACCUCGACAGGAUUGGACAGCUCUUCUUUGGUGUGCCGCCCAAGCAGACAUCCUCCUAUGGAGGCUUGCUAGGGAAUCUGUUGAGCAGCCUCAUGGGCUCCUCAGAGCAGGAGGAGGGGGAGGAGAGCCAGGACGACAGCAGCCCCAUUGAGCUGGACUGAAGCCGCCGGGCCUGCAUGGAGACACCGUGGCCGGCACUGCCGGGAUGAACUGAGUGCUAGGCCCAGCACGAGGCCCUCACCCAGCAGGUUCCUGGUCUGCAGCUGGUGGGGCCACCCAUGCCCAGGUCAGUCCCUAUUUAUGUAUGGUGGCUAAGGGCCGCGUGGCAGGACCAAGAGCAAGGCCCGUCUGUCUUCUGCGGCAACCGUGUUCCCUCAGAUCAGCCACAAUAAAGCGCAGGCCUUGCAGCAGCACCCGCUGCCAUCCUUGUCUCUGGUUCCUUGGGGAGGGACGUGGGGUGACAGAGCCUGGUGCCCCUCGUGUCCAGCAUAGUGGCAUGCUGGAGGAGCUACGGCUUACUGAUAGGAGGUGGGCCAGGGCCCUGGGUCCUGCAGGUGAGAGUGAGUUUCUGUCUUACUUCGUGUGGACACGGGGUCACUUUGCAAUCAUGGUGUGCUUCUCCCCAUGGCAGACAGGUAUGGACUGUGGUGUCCCAGCGCCCUGGAGGUCAGGAGGCCAGGCUGAUGCCCUGGGAUCCACAAGGCCAUAUGGGCCAGCAGUGCUGAAAUGACCUCUGGGCUCCUCUGCAAGUCCUGAGCUGCAGCCCUGCUGGUCCCCGUGGCCCAUGCUGCUGCUCUGCAGUGGCCAUUUUUAAAGGGUACUGUAGGGUUUUCCGUGUCUGUCAGAAUGCAGUAUUUAUUUUUAUUGGGUGGUGGAUUUCUUCAACCUAACAUUUUAGGAUUUAACCAAAUAACCAGUCCAGGAAUGAGCAACCCUGUCCAUUACCACUGAUAAUAUUCCACAUUACCAGUAUGAUUAUAAAGGGAAACACUUUAUUUUUUCACAAUUAAAAUAAGAGUUGUAGAUUAAUACACAGCAAACCUGCAUGAGAAGAGAGAGAUGCAUUAUUUACUGUAAAAAUGGAAUUUAAAGGAAGGUCUGUGUCACUUGUUGCGUAUAAAUAAAUCCUUUGUACUGGG